AUGUCUACCUACGGACCUAAAGCCGCCGAGCGUAUUGCUGGCAAAACCGUUCUCAUCACUGGCGCAUCUGCCGGUAUUGGCAAGGCCACAGCUCUGGAGCUUGUUGGUGCUGCCAAUGGUAACCUGAAAUUGAUUCUUGCAGCCCGCCGCGUUGAUCGUUUGGAAGAGCUUAAGAAACACAUUGAGUCAGAAUACAGCAACGCCAAAGUCCUGGCCGUCGAACUUGACGUGUCCAAGCACGAUACCAUUCCAGGCUUUGUUUCUAGCCUGCCUGCGGAAUUCGCUGAUGUUGACGUGCUCAUUAACAAUGCAGGCAUGGUCCAUGGCGUUGAGCGCGUUGGUGAUAUCAAGUCUUCUGACGUGGACGUUAUGUUCAACACAAACGUUUUGGGUAUGAUUGCUCUGACACAGGCCAUCAUUCCUAUCUUUAAGAAGAAGAAUAGCGGUGAUGUGGUUAACCUGGGUUCCAUUGCUGGCCGUGAUCCUUACCCUGGCGGUGCCAUUUACUGCGCUACUAAGGCUGCUCUGCGUUCCUUUUCACACUCUCUGCGCAAGGAGGUUAUUGACACCCGCAUCCGUGUCAUUGAGGUUGAUCCUGGUGCUGUUGAGACUGAAUUCUCUAUUGUCCGCUACCGUGGUGACAAGGGCAAGGCUGAUGCUGUGUACCAGGGCACUGAACCUCUUGUUGCUGAGGACAUUGCUGAGAUUAUUACUUUUGCUCUGACCAGACGCCAGAACUUUGUCGUUGCUGAGACCCUUGUGUUCCCCUCGCACCAGGCCUCUGCUUCUCACAUUUACAGAAAGCUUUAA